AUUUCUAUGGCUGCAGAAGUGCUUUUGGAACCUAAUCAGGGCAGUGUGACCUUUGAGGAUGUGGCCUUGUACUUCUCCUGGGAGGAAUGGGCUCUCCUUGAUGAGACUCAGAGAUGCCUGUACCAGGAUGUGAUGCUGGAGAACUUGGCACUUACAUCCUCACUGGGUUGUUGGUAUGGAGUGGAAGACAAGGAGGAACCUCCUGAACAGAGCAUUUCUGAAGAAGGAGUGUCACAGAUCAGGACUCUCAAGGCAGAAACACCUCCCCAGAAGGCCCAGCCUUUUGAGAUGUGUGGCCCAGUCUUGAGAGAUAUUUUGCUCUUGCCUGAGCACCAAGGAACACAUCUUGGGCAGAAACCGUACACGUAUGGGAAACAAUUCUAUUUCUCUGCCAACCUUCAACAGUACUGCGGGCAGCACAUUAGAGAGAUACCCAUCAGAAGUUCUGGGGACAGAGCCUUGUUUAUAAAGAGCUACACAACCCACAUGUCAGGGAAAUCCUUUUCCUGUGGGGAGAUUGGGAAAGACUUCUUAGCCAGCAUGAGAUUUUUCCAUCAACAGGCCAUUCACACUGAGAAGAAGCCAAACAAGAGUAAUGAGUGUGAGGCUGUCUUUCACAGUGGAAAAAGGCAUCAGAUCUGGGGAGAAUGGAAGAAAGCCUUCAACUGCACAGAUACACUGGUUGAAGACCAAAGAGUCCUCACUGGAGAAGGGCUUUAUGAGUGCAGCAAAUGUGGAAAAACCUGUACCCGAAGAUGUAACCUCAUUCAGCACCAGAAAGUCCACACUGGAGAAAGGCCUUAUGAGUGCCGUGAAUGUGGGAAAUUCUUUACCUACCUCUCCAGCUUCAUUAUACAUCAGAGAGUGCACACGGGAGAAAGGCCUUAUGAGUGCAGCGAAUGUGGAAAAUCCUUUAGCCAGAGCUACAGCCUCAAUAGCCAUAGGAAAGUUCACACAGGAGAAAAACCUUAUGAGUGCAGUGAAUGUGGAAAGUCUUUUAGUCAACGGUCUAACCUCAUUCAACAUCAGAGAGUCCACACUGGAGAAAGGCCUUAUGAGUGCAGUGAAUGUGGCAAGUCUUUUAGCCAAAACUUUAGUCUCAUUUACCACCAGAGAGUCCACACUGGAGAACGGCCUCAUCAAUGCGGUGAAUGUGGAAAAUCCUUUAGCCGAAGCUCCAGCCUUAUUCACCACAGGAGGCUUCAUACUGGAGAAAGGCCUUAUGAGUGCAGUAAAUGUGGAAAAUCCUUUAAGCAAAGCUCCAGCUUUAGUUCACAUCGGAAAAUCCACACAGGAGAAAGGCCUUAUGAGUGUGGGAACUGUGGAAAAUCAUUUAGCCACAGCUCCAAUCUCAAGAACCAUUGGAGAGUUCACACUGGAGAAAGGCCUAUUGAAUGCAGUGAAUGUGGGAAAUCAUUUAGCUGCAAAUCUAACCUCGUUAAACACCUGAGAGUUCACACUGGAGAAAGGCCUUAUGAGUGUGGGAAGUGUGGAAAAUCCUUUAGUCAAAGUUCUAGCCUCAUUCAGCACCAGAGAGUUCACAGUGGAAAAAGGUCCCGAGUGUAGUGAGUGUUGGAAAAAAUCUUUGAGCUGCAAAUACGACCUCAUUCAACACCGGAGAUUUCACACUAGUGAAAGGCCUUAGAUGUGCUGGGAUGUGCGAUUUCCUUCUAAUAUAAUUACACCGGAGGACAGAAGUUGUGAGGGAGCCACCUAGUGCAUCGGAAGAUGUGCAGUGGGGAGAUUGCCCUAAAGUUCCAGGUAUGUGAGAAUCUUUAAAGAGUUUUGUUAUAGUUUCUUUCCUGCCCAGGACCCUCACCAGCUUUAUGUCACUGCUAGUGCUGUGGCAGAAUUCAUUUCACCUCUAUCACCUGGCAGGUCCACAAUGUGCAAAUUUACCUCCCAACUUGCUCAGGGAAGCUGACCUCUGUCCCAUCCCCAUUUGCAGGGGAAGUAAUGAGUAGUCUUAAUUAGCUCUUGUGGGGUCCUCAUUCCCUUCUCAUUUCCAAAGUAGGGCAUGGACCUGACCCAGUUUGGGCCAAGUUGACCCAGUCUGAGUUCUCUUGGUGACUUGCCAGGAAGAACUGCAUUUUCAGGAACAUGUUAGCUUCUGGUGACACUUCUCUUGGAUUUUCCCAGCCUCCAAGGCACCAGGCUGGGAACUGUAUGCCUUGUAUUGCUUUGCAUUUUGCAAUAAUAAAGGCAUUAAUGUUUAAGCCACCUUUGGUUUUGGGGUUUAAUUCUCUGUGUGAGGUGAUCUGAAAACAACUGGUCCCUACCAGCA